AUGGCAGGGUUGCAGAGAUCUGCAGUAUCAUUCAGGAGGCAAGGCUCAUCAGGUUUGAUUUGGGACGACAAGUUAUUGUCUGGUGAAUUGAAUCAACUGGCGAACAACCGAAAAGAAGACGAUACAACCAAUAGUAAAGCUGAACAAGGCCCAGAACAGGACCAACAGGUCGUAGAAGAGGCAAAGCCUUCAUCAAGAGCAGUUGGAUCGAUCGAAAGGAGCAGAUCCAACGGCGGAGGACGCGCGUUCCGUACAGGGAAGGUAUCUCCGGCCAUAGAGCCGCCGUCUCCGAAGGUGUCCGCAUGCGGGUUUUGCAGUGCGUUUGGAAAACAUGAGAAGACUCACCGUCGACCCAAGUCCGGAGGGUUAGGAGUAGUUGGCUGGUUGUCGUAUGGGAUUAAAUAUCAUCUCAAUUAG